CGUGUUAUAAAAGUGCUGGGAAGAAUUUCAGCUCGUUCUGAAUUAUGAUUGCACCAGAUAAAUAGUAUUAAGCCUAUUAAAUUUUGGAGCAACAUCCAUUUUAAACUUGACAACUACCCCCACCCAUCAGUUUUCUGACGUGCGGAUACUUUUGGAUAUCUUUCGCCACUUCUGGCUUAUCCCUUAACCAUGAUUCAGAGAAAUGCAUGCUUACGCGAUUUAUUAACUCAGUCAUUGUGUUCUGGAUCUUCUUUGUUGAAGCUUGGAACUAAUUAUUGCUACAAUUCUGGGGGUGCUUCCUCUCUGCAACAAGAACAAAAGCUAUCUGAUUACUGUGAUGAUGAAUAUGCUGAUUUGGACUGGGACAAUCUUGGAUUUGGUAUCACUCCAGCUGAGCACAUGUACAUCGCCAAAUGUUCUAAAGAUCAAAAUUUUGAACAAGGACAGCUUGGCCGCUAUGGAAACAUUGAGUUGAACCCUGCAGCCGGAGUCUUAAAUUAUGGACAGGGACUUUAUGAAGGAACAAAAGCAUACAGGACAGAAGAUAGGCGUAUUCUUCUAUUCCGCCCUGAUCAAAACGCCAUGCGCAUGAGGAUGGGAGCUGAAAGAAUGUGUAUGCCUUCACCUUCCAUUGAUCAAUUCGUCAAUGCAGUGAAACAAAUUGCUCUUGUAAACAAGCGUUGGGUUCCUCCUCCUGGAAAAGGCUCUCUGUACAUAAGGCCCUUGCUCGUGGGAAGCGGCCCUAUAUUGGGUUUGGCUCCGGCACCUGAAUACACCUUCCUUGUAUAUGCUUCCCCUGUUGGCAACUACUUCAAGACGGGUUCAGCGCCCUUGAAUUUGCAUAUUGAAGAAGAUUUUGUCCGUGCUACUCCCGGGGGAACUGGAGAUGUGAAAACAAUCAGCAAUUAUGCGCCUGUUCUGAAACCAUUAACCAGAGCCAAAAACAGAGGAUUUUCAGAAGUUCUUUAUCUUGACUCAGUACAUAGGAAAUAUUUGGAGGAAGUCUCCUCUUGUAACAUCUUCAUUGUCAAGGGCAAUGUCAUUUCGACUCCUGCUACAAAUGGAACUAUUCUCGAAGGAGUUACUAGAAAAAGUGUCAUCGAAAUUGCCCGUGAUCAUGGUUUUCAGGUUGAGGAACGUGUAAUUCCAGUGGAUGAAUUGAUUGAAGCUGAUGAAGUGUUUUGCACUGGAACUGCUGUAGUAGUUGUUCCAGUAGGCAGUAUUACAUAUCAAAAUAGAAGAACUGAAUUCAAAACGGGGGCUGGCUCUGCGUGUCAGCAACUGUACUGGACUCUUGUGGGAAUUCAAACGGGUCUUAUCGAGGAUAAGAAAGAAUGGACUCUUGAGAUUCCACUUGAAAUAAAAUGAAUUUAUAGAGAACUAUAAAUUCAUUGGUUUCUUGAAUAAAAAAGCAUUGCCUAUGUCUGUGAAUGAAAAGAUCUUCACUUUACUUUUGGAUACACUUGUUAAA